UUGACAUUUUCGGCGAGAAUAUAAAUAAAUACUUCGCGUUGAAAAUUACGUGUAUUGCUGAGAGUGGUCUAGUAUUUUAUUAAGUGAUAUGAUCAGAUUUUUAACAGAUUUACAUCGGUAAAGAUGGAGAUCCCUUAUAGGAAAAUAUUUAUAUACAUAUUAACCUUCGCUGCCUAUGCAUACACUGGUAUAGGCUCGAGCAUGUUACGGAAUUUAAAAGAUGCAGUAUUGUCCGCUGAAUCAGUUUUCGGAGACUUGUUUCGCAAUACUAUCACGGUCGCUGAAAAGUUCAAAUCAUUGCACGAAAUAUUUGAUGCAGCUGUGGAAGAGGAAUGUAUAUUCUCAUGUCCUGAAGGCCAAAAACCAGUCAGAAAUAGAAAUCACAUACCAAAGUCUGAUGGCUGUGGUUCCCUUGGGUUUGAAAUUUCGUCAGAAUAUUUGCCACUGGAGCAGAUGACCAGUUGCUGCAACACACACGACAUUUGCUACGACACGUGCAAUAGUGGCAAAGAAGUGUGUGAUCUAGAAUUCAAGAAAUGUUUAUACAAUUACUGUGAUUCUUACAAAUCUGUGAAUGUUGCUGGUGAAACAAUAACUAAAGGUUGUAAAGCAGCAGCUAAAUUGCUCUUCACAGGCACGCUGACCCUCGGCUGCAAGUCCUAUCUGGAUGCACAGAAAAAUGCUUGCUACUGUCCACCUCCAAAGAACAAGUAUAAGAAAUAUACAACAGGAGACGGAGAACUUUAGGUUAUGGUGUAGGUCAAAAUUAUUCAUUAUGCUAUACAUCAUAAUUUUAACGUAAGCUAGGUCAAUAGUCUUUUUGCCAAAAAUAAAUUUUACAGUCAGCUUAACCAAUGAAAAAAUAGAAUAAUUUGUAGUAGCAAUUUUUUUAACUAUCACUGGCUGUGUUUUAUUUUACCUUGCCAGCAUCAUUUUUAUUUAUUGUUUAAAGGUGGCAGUUAUAAAUGUAACAAUAAGGUUGUGUGACUGCCAAAUGUUGUGUAAAUAAAUAAAUAAUUGUAACAGGCAUCAAGUUUAACUAAGACAAAUUAUAAAAUAACUUAGUUGAGCAGUAGACCUGUGGCAUUAUUAUUAAGUGUUUGUGUGAUAAUGUUGUAGUGAUUAUUCUUUUGGUCUGGUUGAUAUUAUUAGUUUAUUCAUGAAAAUAAUCAUGUGUGAUGGAAGUGUUUGGGGUUGAAAUAUUUUUGUACAGUUAAUAAAAAGAUUCAUACAU